UGUCUUAUAAUGAACCUUUGACACGAAUUAAAAAAAGAAGAAGAAAAAAAAUGGAUCCUGCCCGAGUGGCUGCAAACAAAACCGCGCCACCUGGUGUCCCGCCCCGAGAAAAGAUCAGCCAUAAGUGACACCUCCUCGGGAGGGGAAGCAGAGCCAACCCGAGCGAGCCGCCGGGGAUCCACCAUCCUGCCCGCCCGAGAGGUUGUUUCUCCAGGUGUGGACUCACCUGCACCGUUAUACCCCCCCAAACCUCCCCACCUGGAGCGAGCUGGGGAGCCCGAGGACGGGGUCGAGCCUCCGCCCGCCCGCAGGAUGUCCCGACAUGAGGGUGUGAGCUGUGAUGCAUGUUUGAAAGGUAACUUUAGAGGAAGACGGUUCAAGUGUUUAAUUUGCUACGACUACGACCUGUGUGCAUCGUGCUACGAGAGUGGAGCUACAACAACACGACACAGCAUAGAGCACCCGAUGCAGUGUAUAUUAACCAGGGUAGACUAUGACUUGUAUUAUGGAGGAGAUACUCUUUCAGUAGGCCAACCCCAGUCGUUCACAUGUCCUUACUGUGGCAAGAUGGGCUUCACAGACGCAGCCCUACAAGACCAUGUCACCUGUGAGCAUUCAGACGCCUCCACAGAAGUGAUCUGUCCAAUAUGUGCUGCCUUGCCAGGAGGUGAGCCUAACCACGUCACAGAUGACUUUACAGCUCACCUCGCUCUAGAACACAGACCACAAAGAGAUUUAGACGAGUCCAGCAGCGUCCGGCAUGUACGCAGGAUGUUCCACCCUGGAAGAGGACUGGGCGGCCCCAGAGCACGACGAAAUAUGCACUUUACUAGCAGCUCCACAGGGGGACUUACAGCCUCUUCACAGAACUCCACUUACGGCCCCAGUAACAGAGAAGCAAUGGACCCAAUUGCAGAAUUGUUAUCCCAGCUGACCGGCGUCCGGCAUGCCGCAGGAGGCCAAAUAAACUCUCCAGGACCUUCGGCCACCCAGCUCCAGCAGCUCCAGAUGCAGCUACAGCUGGAGCGGCAGCAAGCUCAAGCUGCGCGGCAGCAAGGGGAGACGGGCCGCCCCACGACGAGACGCAGCAACAACCCCAGCAACAACAGCACCUCCAUUCCUGCACCAACGCUGGCCACUGCCACUGCCAGGGCAGAAAGCAACCCCACGCCUUCAUCCCACAGCUCCCGGUUCCUAUUAGCACGGUUAAACGAACCUAAAAAGGUUGAAGCAGAGCUACAGUUUCUAGAAGGGGAGAGCGCCGACCACAGCCUGUUUGUCCAAGAGAUCCUUUUGUCUACGCUGAUGCACGAUGGAAGCUCUUCUUCUGAUGAGGAAGAGCGUCGAGAUUUUGUCGACUUCAGUGCCAUGGGCUGUGUGGAUAUCAUGCCUUUAGAUGUGGCGUUGGAGAACCUGCAGCUCAGAGAGAGCAGCUCUUCGGGGACGGAGCCUCCCUCGCCGCCUCUUUGAUGUCCGAGCAUCAAGCAGACUGUGUCCUCUGUGCUGCAACUGUCAGUAAUGGGCAGCAGACAGCAGCAGCAGUUCUCCCUGGCCUUGCCCUCCUUUCUCCCUCCUUUUUUUUCUUUGUUUUUUUUUUGGUUGUUUUUUUUGGUGAUUGUAAUUUCAGGCCUGUCACCAUAUUACAUCGUUACAUUGUAAACAAAACUAAGUGAGAGCAAAUGGGAUGAUAUGAGCGAGAAAACGAGAGAAAAGAUAUAUAGAUAUAUAUAUAUCUCAUAUAAAAAAAUAUAUGGAGUUGAUAAUCAGUUCACCUAACUUCUUUUCUUUAUCAGGUAAAUGUUGCAGAUAUU